CCCCGCUGACAUCACCGUCCCGCCGGCCGCCUUUUAGCGCCAGGUCGGGGUCCCCGCGGGGCAGUGCGCUGGUCCCUCGCCGAGCAUCGCCCUCGCUCCGUCCGCAGCAGCUUGUCUCCCAGCACCGCAGCCAUGGCAAACAAAGGCCCAGCCUACGGCAUGAGCAGGGACGUGCAGUCCAAGAUCGAGAAGAAGUACGAUGACGAGCUGGAGGACCGGCUGGUGGAGUGGAUCGUGGCGCAGUGCGGGGCCGCCGUGGGACGCCCGGAGCGGGGCCGCCUGGGCUUCCAAGUGUGGCUGAAGAACGGAAUCGUGCUCAGCAGGCUGGUGAACAGCCUCUACCCCGACGGCUCCAAGCCCGUCAAGAUCCCCGACGCGCCGCCCACCAUGGUGUUCAAGCAGAUGGAGCAGAUCGCCCAGUUCCUGAAGGCGGCCGAGGACUACGGAGUGACCAAGACAGACAUGUUCCAGACCGUGGAUCUGUUCGAAGCCAAGGACAUGGCAGCGGUGCAGAGGACGCUGAUGGCCCUGGGGAGCCUGGCGGUCACCAAGAACGAUGGCAACUACCACGGGGACCCCAACUGGUUCAUGAAGAAAGCGCAGGAGCACAAGCGGGAGUUCACCGAGAGCCAGCUGAAGGAGGGCAAGAACAUCAUCGGGCUACAGAUGGGCACCAACAAGGGAGCGUCACAGGCGGGGAUGAGCUACGGCCGGCCCCGGCAGAUCAUCAGCUAGGCACCCCCGCCGCCCCCAGCCCUGCCCAGCCGGGACCGCGUUCUCCGCUCGCCAGUCCAUUGGUAUUUAUUGAGGAGCAUCCAGCCAUUCCGCCAGCCCCAUGGCCCCGCCGCACGGCGGCCGCACGCGUCCCGCCG